UCAAACGGAUUUAGUUGAGUGAAAUUGACAGUUGUUUUUUACGGACUUCACUAAAUUCAGUCACACCGCAGAUAAUGUGAGAGUUCAACACUGACGAGACGAGAGGAAACAAGUCAGCGACAUGGCUCAGCAGCUAAACAACGAAGAAGGGACCACAUUAAUUCCUCCGCAAAAAGUUGCUGGAGAACAAAGAGGUUCAAUGAUAUCUGCGUCUUUCAAUUUUAUCAAUUCCAUCAUAGGAUCAGGAAUCAUAGGUUUACCAUAUGCACUGAACCAGGCAGGGCUCCCGCUUGGUCUCCUGCUUUUGAUAGCUGUUGCGCUCAUCACAGACUACUCAAUCAUCUUAUUAAUCAAAGGAGGCAACCUGUCAGGCACAAACAGUUAUCAGUCACUGGUGCAAAGCACAUUUGGUUUCCCUGGAUUUCUGAUUUUAUCUGGACUGCAGUUCCUUUAUCCUUUCAUUGCUAUGAUUAGCUACAACAUCACAACUGGUGACACACUGACCAAAGUAUUUCAGCGAAUACCAGGAGUUGGUACAGAUCACAUACUUGCAGAGCGUCACUUUGUGAUCUUGCUUUCGACCCUUGUAUUCACACUGCCUCUCUCACUUUAUCGAAACAUAGAGAAACUUGGGAAGGUGUCCCUCCUGUCAAUGGUGCUGACACUUACCAUCCUCGUCAUUGUAAUCAUCAGAGCAGCUACCUUUGGACCCCAAAUCCCCCCCACAGAGAAUGCAUGGGCAUUUGCAAAGUGGAAUGCAAUUCAGGCAGUUGGCGUAAUGUCUUUUGCCUUUAUAUGCCACCACAACAGCUUUCUUAUCUAUGGUUCCCUGGAGCAGCCCACACUAGCUAACUGGUCUCGAGUCACCCACAUCUCAGUUGGUUCUGCCUUGGUGAUCAGUGCUGCAUUUGCUGUCGCUGGCUAUACCACCUUCACCGGCUACACACAAGGAGACAUAUUUGAGAACUACUGCAGAGAUGAUAACCUGGCAACGUUCGGUCGCUUCUGUUUUGGCCUUAGCAUAAUAACCACAUUUCCACUGGAGUGUUUUGUUACACGAGAGGUGGUAUCCAAAGUCAUUUGCAGUCGAGAUCUUUCAAAAGCUGAACAUGUGGCCAUAACCUUGUUCAUAGUUGCAGUUUGCACAUCAGUAUCUUUGGGCUAUGACUGUCUCGGAGUUGUUUUGGAGCUGAAUGGUGCUCUGAGCGCCACACCUCUGAUCUUCAUCAUUCCAUCGGCAUGCUUUCUCAAACUCUCCCCUGGCCGCUGGUUUCAGGGGGAAAACUUGAUACCCACCAUCUUGAUAAUACUUGGCUUAUUUGUCAUGAUCACCGGGCUGAUCAUGACUGGCCUUUACCCUCAAGACUGUUCACACGGUGUGGAGAUGUUCUACUGUGCAGACGCCAACAUCUCUAGCACUGUACCACCUGUAUGAAAGGAACAUUAAAUAAUUAUUUACAACACACCUUACACUACACCGCAAAAAAAAAGUAGUUUUAAUCAUUUGUUUUUGUAGUUUGAGCUUGGCUGGUUAGUUUCAGUGAAGGGAUAUCUUAAUUCUACAGAUUGCAGUGGUAUUUUGGACAAUAUUGUGCUACCAAUGUAGUGGCAGCAGUCUGGGGAAGGCCCUUUUCUGUAUCUUAAAGUAAUGAUUCUCCCAGUUUGGAUGUAGAAGCACUUCAAACGCAUCAAACACCUUUUAGAUGGGCUGAAAUGUCAACUGUGAGCCAGACCUUACUGCCCAACAUCAGCGUCUGAAAUCACCAAAAAUCUUGUGGCUAAAGCAAAAUCCCCAAAUCCUAUGGAGAGCCUUUCCAGGAGCAGCACAUUAAUGUCCAGGCUUCUGGAACAAGAUAUCCAGAAAACACAUAUGCGUGUAAUGUUGAUGUGUCCAUAUGCUUUGGUCAUAUAUUGUACAAGGACAUUUAAUUAAAUGUAGAUAGUUAUCUAGUUAGUGUAGUAGUUCUUUUGGGAUGUGUUCUUUAUUACUUUUGACUAUUUGUAUCACAGGGAAGGGGAAUUGGUCGUUUCCAUGUCCGGCCACACGAUGUCGCUGUAGACAAAUGAAACACUUAUUAAAAGGAAGUUCAAAACAACAGCCCUGAUGUCUUUUGAUUCGACUUAUUCCACUAUAAAUAGAGUGGGCUUGUGUUGUUUUUGAAGACAUGGGUGUAUUGGCUCGUUGCUGUGUGUGUUCUUGCCCAGAU